AUGCUGUACUCCACGCUGAGCCACCAUGGCCACCCGAUUCAGCUCGAAUACAGUUCCGACCCCUUCAUCUGCGACGGAUGCAAAGAUGUCGGCUUCGGCCUGAGAUUCACCUGCCAGAGAUCCCGUUACGAUCUGCACCAGGUCUGCGCCAGGCCUCGCCGAACGCUACGCAGCGCCGUCUACCUUGAACCCGUCGUCUUCGACUUCUAUGGCGCACCUCCCGCCGGCGAGAGAGUAGAUUCUGCGACGCCUGCAGCGGGAGCAUAGAGGGAUACUUCUACGGCAGUGAUUAAGGCAGGUACCUCCACCCGACGUGCACCGAACUCCAGCCGACGAACAGCUACCGCGGCACCACCAUGAGGCUGCCGGUGCAGAUGCUGGCGGAGUGCCAAAUCUGCGGGGUCGAAGAUGAUGGACAAAUCUCAGCCUGGUCCUACGUCUCCUCUUCGGCCGACGCCAGCCUGCACGUCGCCUGCGCGAAGAAAGUUCUUCUCCGCAGAUGGGAAAACGAGCGCUUCCGCGUCCCCACGGCGGCCAUCGCCGGCGGCGGAGUUUUACCUCCAAUCUUAAACCAACCACAGAGAGCCCUCCCGCCGGCGAUCGAGGGACAGCCUACCAGCGGCGAUCCAGCACGGAGGGGCGGCAGCCGUUUUCCGGCGGCGGCGAGGGACUUUUUUAUAGACUUUCUGUCGGGCCUGACGUGGGAGGUCCUCCGGGCCCUAGUAGGCGAUCCGAGGGCAGACUUGGCCGACUACAUCGCUUCGGUCUUGAGGGGCUGGGCUUCGCGAAGGCUGCUGCCGGCGGCGGCCAGCAUUGAGGAGACCCCACGGACGGAGAUCAGUCGUCGUCACCCUUCUCGUCGAUGA